GACGGUUGCAUCCAGAACCGCAGCCUCCAACUCGAGCUUCAUCAACAUCAGCCACCAUUGUCACCGCCGGCGUCGCCACAGCGUAUUCUGUCGACUGCAGCAAUCGUUUGGUUUCGAAUCUCCUGACAUCCUCCUAAAUUGUGCCAUUAUCGACGCUAGUUUGCGUCGGGGCUUGUUGUCACCAUGCCUUCUGCUACCGGCCAAAACUGGGAGAAGUACAGGAAAACCUUCGCCGAUGACGAGAUAGAAGAAAAAAAGAUCACCCCGCUAUCAGAUGAGGAUAUCCAAGUGCUCAAGACAUACGGCGCCGCCCCGUACGGUGCCGCCAUCAAGAAGCUCGAACAGCAAAUAAAGGAGAAGCAACAGAGCGUGGACGAGAAGAUUGGCGUGAAGGAAUCAGAUACCGGCCUAGCGCCACCUCACCUCUGGGAUGUCGCCGCCGAUCGUCAACGGAUGUCGGAAGAGCAACCGCUUCAGGUAGCGCGGUGCACCAAGAUCAUCCCAGACGAGAAGGACGAGUCCAAGAGCAAGUACGUUAUUAACGUCAAACAAAUUGCGAAGUUCGUCGUCAACCUCGGCGAUCGCGUCAGCCCAACAGAUAUCGAGGAGGGGAUGCGCGUCGGUGUUGAUCGGAACAAGUACCAAAUUCUACUCCCGCUGCCGCCUAAGAUCGACGCCAGCGUGACCAUGAUGACGGUCGAGGAGAAGCCCGACGUCACAUACGGCGAUGUGGGCGGUUGCAAGGAACAGGUCGAGAAGCUGCGCGAAGUUGUUGAGAUGCCGCUACUCUCCCCUGAGCGUUUUGGCAAUCUGGGCAUCGACCCUCCGAAGGGCGCCCUCCUCUACGGACCACCCGGCACGGGCAAGACGCUUUGUGCGCGUGCCGUAGCCAACCGGACAGACGCCACCUUCAUUCGCGUCAUCGGUAGCGAGUUGGUCCAGAAGUACGUGGGUGAAGGUGCCAGGAUGGUACGUGAGCUGUUCGAGAUGGCUCGUACCAAAAAGGCGUGCAUCAUCUUCUUCGACGAGAUCGACGCUAUCGGCGGUGCUCGUUUUGAUGAUGGUGCCGGUGGCGACAAUGAAGUCCAGAGAACCAUGCUGGAACUGAUUACCCAGCUGGACGGCUUCGACGCUCGCGGAAACAUCAAGGUUAUGUUUGCCACUAACCGACCGUCCACACUCGACCCGGCGCUUAUGAGGCCGGGGCGUAUCGACCGCAAGAUCGAGUUCUCACUCCCCGAUCUCGAAGGCCGCGCCAACAUCCUGAGGAUCCACGCCAAGAGCAUGUCUGUGGAGCGGGACAUCCGAUGGGAGCUUAUUUCGCGAUUGUGCCCGAAUGCCACGGGCGCCGAGCUACGCAGCGUGUGCACCGAGGCCGGCAUGUUUGCCAUCCGGGCGAGGAGGAAGGUGGCGACGGAGAAGGAUUUCCUGAGUGCCGUCGACAAGGUCAUCAAGGGCAACCUGAAGUUCAACUCCACUGCUGCGUACGCACAGUACAAUUAGUAGUGGGCUCGGCUCUGGCAUGUAUGAAUAGAGAUCACUUCACCGACAUGUUGUUAGCAGUCACAGCGACAUCACCAGCACGAGCAUAUAACAGUACUGAUG